UCCAGGAGUGACUACGGGGGUACAGUACCUCCUUAGCGUGAAAACCCGUCUGAAAGGUGUCCUGAGCAUGGUGGAAGAAGCCAUUGUGUCAACUGAGAGUCUGAAUUGCAAGUAUUGUGUCGUUAUUCUUGAGAGCAAGGUCUUCAGUUGCCACAAUGUCUUUAGGGACCCCUAAGAACUGUCUAGAAUUCUUCAAGACUAUUGGACGUUUGAAGCACCUAAAGAGAACAGGAUGGGUGCGAAGUGCUAUAAAUGAUCCAGAAACGAUAUCAGGGCACAUGUACCGCAUGGCAAUGAUGAGUUUCCUUUUGGAUGAGGAAGACAAUGUUAAUCGAGACAGAGUUAUGAGGAUUUCCUUAGUACAUGAUAUGGCAGAGAGUAUCGUAGGUGAUUUGACGCCCCACUGUGGUGUGUCAAGUGAGGAGAAGCAUCAACGAGAAGUAGCAGCCAUGGAGCAUUUCACAAAAUUGGUUGGGGAGAAAGCUGGAAAUGAAAUGUUUAACCUCUUUUUGGAAUAUGAAGAACAGAAAACAAACGAGGCCAUUUUUGUAAAGGAUCUGGAUAAAUUUGACAUGAUUCUCCAAGCAUUUGAAUAUGAAACUGAUCAGGAAAGACUAGGAUCCCUCGAGGAAUUCUUCAAGACAACGGAAGGUGCUUUCUCCCACCCAAAGGUGAAGCGCUGGGUUGAAGAACUCUAUAAACAGAGAGCAGAAUCAUUAAAUGCCUCAACAGCAGAGAGUGACAAAUGAAUUGGUUAUAAGGCUGCAACCUAGAAAGACAAUAAUAUGGUUGACCUGCAGCUAGUUAAACCACAGGAAAUUGACUUGUGUUAUGUAAAUGGCUUUUAGGUCAAGCAAGAAAAAGUCUACCAACUUCCAGUGGUUAUUAUCAUGGAAUGAAUGUCAUAUUGAUAAUUGCUUAAGUAUAAGGUGCAAGCUGAAGUAGAGUGUAGCAGCUACUCCUGAAGAUGUGCAUUAAAAUUCAUAUUAAAAUCAGGCUUUUAUUAGCAAGCAGAUAUGGACCGUAAAAACAAUUUAAGACUGCUUUUUGUAUGUUGUCAGCUUUUGUAAGCAGAAAGACUUUGAAAACAAUAGCUGCCAAUUGUUCUUGUUAAAUACCUUUGUGCAAUCAAGGCGCUGAUUUUUUAUCUCUUUCAUUAAUUUAUCUAGUAUUCUACCUCCUUUUCUUUUUAUGAAGCUAUCAAAAGCAAAUUUAUACCUGUCUAGGAAGAAGUGAUUGUUGAUAUUUAUUUCACUAAAAAAAACAAAAAAACAUACCUCCUGUUGUGAAAUAUGUGAUAUGUUUUCACGUCUGUGAUAGUGGCUUCUCACAAAGUUGAAUUUGUUGGAAUAUAAUUAGGUCAUUUUAAAUUUCAUUCCUUAGUUAGUCUUCAGAGAAUUUUUAAAAUAUAUUCCCCUUAAAAAAAACUAUAAAAAGCAAAAGUAGAAAGAUACUACGCUUGUAACAAAAUAUAUAGACUUUGUCAUCAUCCUACAGUUAUUGGGUAUUAUAAAACUUCCUUUGUUAUAAACCCUGCUUGUAAUUUUCUCUUGGUGAAACAUUUCUGUUAUUCAAUCAAAAGAUGAGAUCCCCUGUGUUUACCAUUUCAUAAUGUAUAAUUAAAGGUAGUACAUUUGGUUGUUGCCUUAGAAUGACACAACUUAGGUUGAUCAUCACUGCCUUAACAUCUGCUAUAAGAAUAUUGCCAUCUUCAUUCAGGUUCUCUUGGUAAGCAGCUAGCAUUAGAGCAUUACUUUAUUGAGACUAAAGUGCAAGUAUUUCCAGAAUUAUUAUCUUUCUUUCUAAGUCAUUUUUUUCCGAUUUUAUAUGUCUACUUAGCUAAAUUGUUAUUUUUUAAUUCUUGCUAGAUUGACAAGAUACCUCAUUUUUGUUUGGGACCACUAGAGGAUAUUGCAUUCUUCAUAUGCAGUUGACCAUUCUUUCAAAUAUAGCCUUCUCCUAAAUCAUUUGACUUAUUUACAAAUAGAAGUAGUGCUAUUCAUACUAGUAUGCUUUUUACUUCAUUACAAAUUUAUAUUAUUCAAGAUGUUUGGUUGCAAAGAAAAUUAUAUAAAAACAGAAGGCAGUCAAUGUUAGAAUAAGAGCACACAAUUUAUUUAUGAAUACAUUAGUGUACUUUAAAAUAAAGUGAAUAAAUAACAUU